GGAAUGGUCGUGGUGCCUUACGUAUGAGCUUGCAGUGCGUGAAGAUAUGAAACAUGGAAAAGACGGAGCAACUCUCAAGCUGCGCCCGGUUUCUUUCAGAGUUCUCUUGGAUCUACAACACUCGCAUGACAGACUUGCUGAUCGCGGGCACACUGGACGCGAUACCUGCUGAGUGGGUGAAUCACAUAGACAAGCUAUCUGAUGAAGAACUUGGGAAGGUGCCUUUUGGACUGAUCAAGAAUGACUGGCCUCCCAGCCUUCAGUCUUUUGUGUCUCGUGCUGUAGAACUGGGAGAAGCUCGUUUUCUGGAGCCAUCGGCUGAGCUGGUUUCGAAGAAGAUGGCACUGCCCAUUGCUUGGUGCCAAGGCCUGACACCCAAGAAGCAGUUGGAACUGGAGUGGGUUGCUGCGCUGGUGGCAGACGUUUGCAAUACAGCACAAUGCAAAAGGGUCAUAGAUGUUGGUGCUGGUGUGGGCCACUUGGCGAGGCUGUUGCACCGCAGGUAUGGCUUCACCGUACUUGGCAUCGACUGUGACGCUUCCCAUUUACCUAAAGCCCAAGAGCGCCUGCAACAUUCUGGAUGCACAGAGAACAUCCACUACUUCACGCUCAAAGUGGAUGAUAGUGCAGCCACUCUGGAAAAGGUGCGCCACAUGCUCAUCAAUUGCCCAGACCAUGUCCCCUGUACAUGUGGGGAAGAGUACAAGUCUGACAAGGAGCUCACCACAAAGAAUCGAUACGUGCUGGUCUCGCUGCAUGGCUGUGGCCAAUUGAGUCCUGGCUUGGUGCGGCUGUUCCAUGCACUGACAGAGCUUGAAGCCUUGGUGUGUAUUGGGUGUUGCUAUCACAAGGCUACUCAGCUAGAUAACUACUUCCCUCUAAGCCACGAGCUGGCCAGCUUGGGUGACCAGUGGCUUAGCCCUGACACUCAAUACCAGGGGCUACGCCUAGCCUGUCAAGAACUGCGAGACACUUGGGCACCCGACCGGGAACCAAGACACCUACUUUUUCGGGCCCUACUGGAGGUUGCGUGCCAGAAGUAUGGCCUUCCAUGGAAGAAGUCACGACGCCACAUGGCCAGGCAUUCGCAGCUGUCCUCCUGGGAUGCUUACCGAGAGCAUGUCAUGAAAGAUGUCCACUGUCACACAAGUGAUGAGCGUGACACCUGGUGCAGCAUCCUCAACCGUUUGCACACCAGACACCAGCACCAGCUUCCAGCAGUUCGCACACUCACGCUCCUCCGCCAGCUGCUGCAGCCUUGUUGGGAGGGUAUGGUGCUUGGUGACUGGGCGUGCUGGAGCGGGGCUCGGCUGGUGGCUGCCUUCCCGUCUGCUCGCUCCUCGCCACGCAACAUUGCCCUACUACUGGCUCGCCAGCCUCCGCCACAGCAGGCUCCACCUAGGCUUUAAAAGGUACAAAUAAAAAAUUAUUUU